AUGACUGAUGGACCUGAAAGGCAGGCAAGUGCCUUUGAAAAGUCUGCCUUGUCAGUUGAACCAGUUUACAAUGAUCACCAACAGCACCCAAGCCUGUUGAAGAAGAUAUGCAUGCCUGUUUUGAGGGGUCUUGAGAGCAAUCAUGGUUUUGUCAGCUUUGAAGAGAAAACAGUAAAUUUCCUUAAAUUCUAUCUAUUCACUCCUCCAGUAGUGGCAAAUUACCCUUUAUUUCCACACCAGGAUGUUGUGUCUUUAGUAGAUCCCUGCUCAGGUUUUGUGAGUCCAGCAGCAGAUGCUGAACAGCAGCCAAGUGUUGGAAGAGCUACUGAAUCUCAGGUAGACUACAGCGAUAGGAAGCCUCACCAGUGUCCCCAUCACAGGAGAGAGAGCCCAGCCUGGCCACGGGAGACCUCCUGGAGGAAACCAGCCAGGACAGAAAGUGGAAGUCCAGGUGUAAGACAAAUCUCUCAAACCUGUCAUAUCCCUUUGUAUAUCUGCUGUGUUGGUACAGUAAAUUUUGAAGACAGUGCCAGUGUAGACUUAGUCCCACUUAACCAUGUGCUAACUUCAAAGCCUCACUACACAAGCAUGGCAGACACUCCAAAUAUUCCUAGAUACACUGGCAAGGUUCAUUGGUUAGCAACUCACCCGGCAAAUUCUAAUCUUCCAUCAACAGGCCCACCAGUAAUUGCAGGAAUGCAUGGGUAG